CCGGGAGCGCGUCCUUCAGGCGGAGCCGGAGCGCUGGGGCCGGCUCCGGGCAUGGGGGAGGCGGCGGCAGCAGCAGUGGCUCCUCCACCCUGAGCGGCGGCUGCGGGACCCAGCAUGCGGCGGGGUGUUUGGAGCCUUUGGAGACCUCCUUAUCCCAUUAGCGAUGUCACUGUUUAGCCAGGCCAAUUUUGAGGAAGACAGCCAGAAGCAACCAGCUAUUGGACACUGGAAACCACUAAUGCCAUCCAAAGGGAACAAGGAGGAGCCAGAGACUGGAUGCCAGGAUGCUGGAGGUGUGGAUGAAACCCAGUCCACUGAGCAGCUCAACAUGUCACGUCUACGCAGCUCUUCAGUGGAAAUCCGUGAAAAAGGAUCUGAAUUCCUGAAGGAAGAGCUGCACAAAGCACAAAAGGAGCUGAAGCUGAAGGACAAAGAAUGUGAGAGAUUAUCAAAAGUCAGAGAACAACUGGAGCAGGAACUAGAGGAGUUAACAGCUAGCCUAUUUGAGGAAGCACACAAGAUGGUGAGAGAAGCAAACACUAAACAGGCGGCAUCAGAGAAACAGCUGAGGGAGGCACGGGGGAAGAUCGACAUGCUGCAGGCAGAGGUAACAGCUUUGAAGACACUGGUCAUCACAUCAACACCUUCUUCUCCAAACCGGGAGCUGCACCCUCAGCUCCAGAGCCCUUCUAAAGCUGGCUUCAGGAAGGGCCAUGGACGAAACAAAAGCACCAGCAGUGCAAUGAUCUCAGCUGCCAGCCAGAAUGUGACUCCAGAGCCUGUCAGCCGUGAGUGCAAAGAGGUCGACUCCAUUUUAUUUGCCGAGUUCCAGGCCUGGAAGGAAUCUCCAACCUUGGAUAAAUCCUGCUCCUUCCUGGACAGAAUUUAUCGGGAAGAUGUAGGACCUUGUCUGGACUUCACUAAGCAGGAGCUUUCAGAGCUGGUGCGAGUGGCUGUGGAGCAGAAUACACUCACCAUUGAGCCAGCUGCUUCUCAGACACUGCCUAUGGUGAAGGUCUCAACAGAAGAGUGUGGUGGCCCAAAUGGGUUCCGGUCACAAAUUGUAACGAAAUGUGCUCUGAGUGGCCUCCCAAGGACCUGCAAGCACCGCAUCAUGCUGGGGGAUUCUGGGAAUUACUACUACAUUUCACCAUCCUGCAGGGCCAGGAUCACAGCAGUGUGCAACUUCUUCACAUACAUUCGCUACAUCCAGCAGGGCUUGGUGAGGCAAGAUGUGGAGCUGAUGUACUGGGAGGUCAUGCGGCUCCGGAGGGAGAUGUCUCUGGCCAAGCUUGGGUUUUAUCCCAGCGAGAUGUAAGCAGAGGCCUAAGCAUGGAAGGAAACUGGUCCUGCAUGAACAGCUUGUCAAACGUAGUCUGCCAAACAGAAGAAUGCAAUGCCUCUCCUGCAGCAGGCCUUACUUGCUCCCCAUCUUUCUCUGCAUGAAGCUGAUCAAGGAGCAAGAAGCACAAGUUCCACCUUCAGCUGUCCCACGUCUCCAACUGUGAGCGGACUGUAGCUGCCAUGCUACCAUCUCAGAGCUGGGCUGGGCCUGGCUGCUCUGGGGUGGCUGCCUAUAGACUGUCCUCUAUGGAGUCUCCUAUAUGCAGUGUAUAUCCAUAUGUUUUUUUUAAACUUUUAUUUCUAUAUGCAAGCUGCUUUGGCAUAACCCAAGGCCAGCCCUGGGCAAGUCAGGAGUCCUGGACCUUCUUUGUAAGCAAGUCUUUCAGGACAGAUGCUGGCUGUCUGUCCAUCUGAUCCAGUUAUUCCUUGGGGUGGAGGGUACUGUUCCCAGCCAUAUACUUAAGUCCUACUGACCACUUACUCCCCUAAUGGCCUUGUAAAUGCCAGCAGCACAAAAUAAUCUUAAGGAGAGCCAUGAACAGCCUGUUUCCAAGUACUUCCUUGCUCCUUUGAAAGGAGCCUGCAAGAGAAGCUUUCUGCCAGCUGAGUCACAAAGAGGGAUUUGUUCCUGGUUUUAGCUUGCGAUUUGGCACAGGGUGAUCCAGGCAGGGGGAACAGCCAGAGCAGGGGCCAGAGCUGUGCACCUGUGGUCUUCAGCAGAAGAAAGUGAGCUUGGAAAGCCAUAACUCAGCUUGGCUGCAGUUAGUGCAGGAUGUUUUCUCCUGCUCUAGAAAAUCUGCUGCAGUUGCCACAGGCAGAUGCAGACCUUGAUGUGUUGGUGUCAGUCCUUGGUGCAGAAGUACCCCCAUGGUGCUCUUAGAAACCUCACUCACAAACAUGCCUUUGAGGUGUUCCUGCUCUGAGGGAGCUUUGGGCAGUGCUGUUCCCACUGUUUAGAUAAAACCUGUGGUCCGGGCUGGGUUCUUCAUGUUUCCAGAAGUAGCAUGCCCAGGCUGGGCAGUCCUGAGGCCUCCCUUGUAUGGCAUAAUACCUAGAAAUGCAUGUCCACUGAGAAACCCAGCUUCUGGGCUGCCAUCCCCAAUGAGGAAAACUGAGACAUCUUUGUGUGCACAUGAGGGAUGUGGCUGUGGUUCCUGUGUGCCUCACAAUGUUCUGGGAGGGAUGUCAUUAAAGCUGUUGGAGGCCUACUACAGCUUGAGCUCAGACCUAGGCUUGUUUAUGCAGGGAUGUGUUAAAGCCCAUGACAAUGUUUUGUAGCCAGUUUAGCUUUUUUUUGUCAGUGACUCAGGAAUCUGCUCAGCCACCACCUACCCUGGGGUUUUCAUCUCAUGUGGCAUUUUUGCAGUCUUGACUGUUUCCUCUGCCAUCAUUAUAACUCUUACCUUAGCAAGUUGAUGUCCAGAACCGCAUCACCAUCCUCAGCUCCAGUAAGUUUCAUCCUCUCCUGAGAGAUGCUACAGUAGGAACUCUGUAUCAUCAGUGGAGAAAAACUGAGCUGCUGUGUUUCUGCUCAGUAAAGGGAGGAAUUAAUAGGGAAGGUGAAAGUUCUUGUUUGGAAUCUAAUACGAGGACGGCUUCACAGCAGAGCUGAGAAAACCUCCCUGCAGAAGACCCCCAUGAGCACAAGUUUUGCUGUCACUGAGCACACUCUCAGGAUGGUACUGGGUUCUACCUUAGAGCUAUACUGCAGAUUCCAGCUCAGGUAAAUCCUAUCCCUGGCAGUUUCUCCUUGUAUCUGUUCCCCCUGAUCUGAUCUCUAUGUGUCCUGUGCCAUUCACUGCUGCAUUGCACCACCGAUGUGGCUGCAUUGCGGCCCUGGGAAUGAGAUGAUCUUUCUGUGUAGAUGUUUUGGUUUGAGGGCUGUUCCUGCUGCCCACGGUGUUACUUUGUAAAGCACUUUGAGAUGAAAGGAGUUGAAGAAAAGCAUUGUAUAAGGUUGUCUUCCAUUUGAAACAAAACAGAGCAAUUUGUAGAUUAAUAUGAAGUCACUCCGUUAACAGCGGGAUGGUUGCACCCUGCUCUUUGUUACAGGAAAAAUAAACUUUUGCUAUUAACCUC